UUCUUCCUCCAUAUUGAAGAGAGCUCAACUUCGCCUCCCUUCUCACCAACUUGAACCUUCAUGAUCACCCGCCGUCUCAAAACCAGCAACCUCCACAGAGUAGCAAUCCCACGUUCGUAUCAUUCAAAUCAAUCUCUCUUCACUAAAGCGCCUUUGUCUCCAUCGUACGACCAAAGCCAUCGCUCCAAUGCAUUCUCCAUCAACCGUUCGAUGGUCGAUUCCAUCCGCAAGAAGCACCCAGCUCAAGCCCUUUCCCUCUUCAAGAAACAGCUCCAACUGGGCUUCCCCGGCGACGUCGACGAAGCCACCGUCUCUCUGGCGCUCAAGGCCUGUAACGGAGACCUCGGCCUCUGUCGCCAGGUCCACGGCUUCGCCAUCUCUUCUGGGUAUGUUUCGUUCCCUACGGUUUCGAACUCUCUGAUGAACGCUUAUACUAAAGGUGGGAGCUUUGAACGAGCUCUGUACAUUUUCGAGAACUUGGACCGGCCCGACACCGUUUCUUGGAACACCGUUCUAUCUGGUUUCCCGGAUAGUAAGGAUGCGUUGAGUUUCGGUGUUAGGAUGAAUUUGAGUGGGGUUGGUUUCGAUGCAGUGACAUACACUACUUUGCUUGCUAUUUGCUUGGAUUACGAAGGGUUUCUGUUCGGACUGCAGCUGCAUGGUCUUGUGAUUAAAUUUGGAUUGGAUACUGAAGUUUUUGUAGGGAACGCUCUCAUAACUUUGUAUUCGAGACAGGACAUGCUAGAGCACGCCAGGAAGGUGUUUGACGAAAUUCCCAGUAGGGAUAUAGUUUCGUGGAAUGCGAUGAUAUCGGGCUACACAAAAGAAGGAAGUUAUGGGGCGGUGGCAAUUCGGUUGUUUAUUGAAAUGGUGAGGGACGGCAUGAAGCUUGAUCAUGUCUCAUUUACUAGUGCUGUUUCGGCUUGUGGCUAUGAAAGAAAUUGGGAGCUUGGGAGACAGAUUCACGGCCUGAUGGUGAAAGCUGGAUAUGACAAGCAAGUCUCAGUUGGUAAUGUUUUGAUCUCUAAUUAUUUGAAGUCUGAGGCCCUGGAGGAUGCCAAAUUGGUAUUCAUGAACAUGAGCGAGCGUAAUGUUGUCUCGUGGACUACGAUGAUCUCCAUGGAUGCAGAUGCCGUGUCUCUUUUCAAUCAGAUGAGAGUGGAUGAAGUUUACCCAAAUGAUGUUACAUUCGUUGGGCUUCUGCAUUUCAUAACAAAUAACAAUAUGGUCAAAGAAGGUGAAGUGAUUCAUGGAUACUGCUUAACGACUAGUUUUUGCUCAGAGUUGAAUGUUUCCAAUAGCCUCAUCACAAUGUAUGCAAAAUUAGGAAGCAUGGAAAAUUCACUGAAGAUUUUUGAAGAGCUCAACUAUAGAGAAAUCAUAUCUUGGAAUGCUUUGAUAUCUGGGUACACCCAAAGUGGACAGUGCCAGGAAGCAGUCCAGACUUUCUUUUCAGCGACAAAAGAGCUACAGCCUAAUGUAUAUACAUUCGGCAGUGUACUAAGUGCCAUAGGAGCUGCUGAAGCUAUUUCUUUAAGGCAUGGCCAAAGAUGCCAUUCACAUCUAGCAAAACUCGGACUAGACACCAAUCCAAUUGUUUCGGGUGCUCUUCUUGACAUGUAUGCAAAGCGUGGGAGUAUUUCUGAGUCUCUUAAGGUUUUCCACGGAACUCCUUUAAAGAGCCAAUUUGCAUGGACAGCAAUAAUUUCUGCUUAUGCAAGGCAUGGAGAUUGUGAGUCAGUGAUAAGACUAUUCAAGGAAAUGGAGAAGGAAGGGAUAAAGCCCGAUGAAAUAACGUUUCUUUCGGUGUUAACCGCUUGCGGUAGAGAGGGAAUGGUUGAUAUGGGCCAAGAACUCUUUGACUCAAUGGUUGAGGAGUACUUGAUUGAACCAUGGCCUGAACAUUAUUCAUGCAUGGUGGACAUGUUGGGCCGUGCAGGGAGGUUGGGCGAAGCAGAGGAGCUCGCUGGCCGCAUUCCAGGGGGCCCUGGAUUGUCUGUCCUCCAGAGCUUGCUUGGGUCGUGUAGAGUGCACGGGAACAUCGUGAUGGCGGAGAGGAUCGUGGGUGCUCUGACGGACAUGGACCCCACAGAAUCAGGGUCUUACGUGCUGAUUGCCAACUUGUAUGCUGAGAAGGGACUGUGGGAGGAGGUGGCGAGAGUGAGGAAAGGGAUGAGAGAGAGGGGAGUGAGGAAGGAAAUAGGAUUCAGCUGGGCAGACGUGGGUGAUCCCGAUGGUUCGUUGUGCUCGCACGGGUUCUCAUCGGGCGACAUGUCCCACCCUCGGUCCGAGGAUAUAUUCAGGAUGGUGGAGUGCCUGGGAUCAGAAAUGCAGUUCUUGAGAGAGAGACAGAGACAGAGAGAGACAGAGAGGAUGAUUCUUGCAAUGUGAUUUCAACUCCACUCGAUACACAUGUAAUGUCUCAUUGAACUGUAUGAUGGAGGAUAAAGAUUUAGCACCACUGCUUCAUGUCAAUACUCAAUAGGUGGUCUGAGUUACUUGGGGACUUCGCGUGGUGAGAAGCACGGAAGGAAAAAGAUUUUUGAAAGAAAUGCGGUAUAUCUUUGUGAUGAUUUAUUAUUGAUUGUUUUCAAAUCUUAUGUAUAUGAUAAGCUUUGGUUCGAAAGAAAGUCUGUUAGAGCAUUU